AUGGACCUGGACCUCUGGGUUGACUCUGUCUGUUUUCCCUCUCACCAUCUUUGCUGCCGCUGCUGCACCACGGGGCUGAAGAACAGAACUAUGUACCUGCACACCGUCAGCGACCGCGACACCGGCUCCAUCUUUGAGGAGCCCUUUGACGGCAGGAGCCUGUCCAAGCUGAACCUGUGUGAGGAUGGUCCAGGCCACAAACGCCGGGCGGGCGGCUGCUGCACCCAGCUGGGCUCCCUGUCGGCCCUGAAGCACGCUGUCCUGGGGUUGUACCUGCUGGUCUUCCUGAUUCUCGUGGGCAUCUUCAUCUUGGCAGUGUCCCGGCCACGCAGCUCCCCAGAUGACCUGAAGGCGCUGACCCGGCACGUGAACCGGCUGAACGAGAGCUUUCGGGACUUGCAGCUGCGGCUGCCGCAGGCUCCGCUGCAGGCGGACCUGAGCGAGCAGGUGUGGAAGGUGCAGGACGCGCUGCAGAAUCAGUCGGACUCGCUGCUGGCGCUCGCAGGUGCGGUGCAGCGGCUGGAGGGCGCGCUGUGGGGACUGCAGGCGCAGGCGGUGCAGACGGAGCAGGCGGUGGCCCUGCUCCGGGACCGCACAGGCCAGCAGAGCGACGCGGCGCAGCUGGAGCUAUACCAGCUGCAAGUGGAGAGCAACGGCAGCCGGCUGCUGCUGCGGCGCCACGCGGGCCUGCUGGACGGGCUGGCGCGCAGGGUGGGCGUCCUGGGCGAGGAGCUGGCCGACGUGGGCGGCGCGCUGCGCGGCCUCAACCACAGCCUGUCCUACGACGUGGCGCUGCACCGCGCGCGGCUUCAAGACCUGGGUGUGCUGGUGAGCAACGCCAGUGAGGACGCGCGUCGCAUGCGACGGGCACACCUGGACAUGGAGCUGCAGCUCAAGCAGGAACUGGCCAUGCUCAACGUGGUCACCGAGGACCUGCGCCUCAAGGACUGGGAGCACUCCAUCGCGCUGAGGAACAUCUCCCUCGCCAAAGGGCCACCAGGACCCAAAGGUGACCAGGGGGAUGAAGGAAAGGAAGGCAAAGCUGGCAUCCCUGGAUUGCCUGGACUUCGAGGUCUGCCAGGGGAGAGAGGUACCCCAGGACUGCCUGGCCCCAAGGGAGAUGAGGGGAAGCUGGGGGCCACAGGACCCAUGGGCAUGCGUGGAUUCAAAGGUGAACGAGGCCCCAAAGGAGAAAAAGGAGAGAAAGGAGACAGAGCCGGGGAUGCCAGUGUCCUGGAGGCCCCAGUGGUGAUCCGCCUGGUGAAUGGCUCAGGGCCGCACGAGGGCCGGGUGGAGGUGUUCCAUGACCGACGCUGGGGCACUGUGUGUGACGAUGGCUGGGACAAGAAGGAUGGGGACGUCGUCUGCCGCAUGCUGGGCUUCCGUGGCGUGGAGGAGGUGUACCGGACUGCCCGGUUUGGGCAAGGCACCGGGAGGAUUUGGAUGGACGAUGUCGCCUGCAAGGGCACCGAGGACACCAUCUUCCGCUGCAGCUUCUCCAAAUGGGGGGUGACAAACUGUGGUCAUGCCGAGGACGCUGGAGUGACGUGCAAUAGAUACUGAAAGUGGGCGCGGCCCAAAGCUGACAGCCUGUGCCAAGCCUCCUUCCUGCAGCCCUGGGGUGGGGGCGUGGCUCAGGGCCACCUGACCACACCUCUGCCUCACCC